AUGACGUUUCUAGUAAAGUCAAGAAUCAUUUUCACUAAAAUACCCACUUCUUCUCGUCUCUCAUAUUCAAUUGGAUUAAAUAUUCGUCGUAAUUUCCAUAUAAAUAAUAAUAAAUUAAACCAAGCUAUUAAAAAUCCAUACGAAACACUAGGUGUGUCUUCAAAUGCAACACAAUCAGAGAUUAAAAAGGCAUAUUACAAACUAGCUAAAAAAUACCAUCCUGAUAUAAAUAAAGAACCAACAGCAGAGAAAAAAUUCCAUGAUUUACAAAAUGCAUAUGAGAUACUAUCCGAUGAAGAUAAAAGAAGACAGUACGAUCAAUUCGGUUCUGCCGCAUUCGAUGGUGGUUUUCCUUCUUCAGGCUCCCCAAACGCUGGGUUCACCAACAAUUUUGGUGGUGGCAGUCCAUUCGGUAAUUUUGGUGGAAUCAAUUUUGAAGAUCUCUUCGGUGCUGCAUUCAAUUCUGCACGUGGCAAUCCAUUCCAGCAUCAACAGCAACAGUACCAACAGAGCCAAAGUCAGAUGUAUAGACAGUAUAAGGGAGAUACAAUUCAGAUUGUACACAGGUUGAAUUUCAAAGAUGCCGUCUUUGGUGUAGCUAACGUUAAUGUCAAAUUUAAUGCCAUCGACCCAUGCAGUUCAUGUAACGGGUCCGGUUUGAAACCAAACACUCAAAGACAUAAAUGCCAUUCCUGUAACGGUACUGGGACACAGAUCCAUUCAAGGGCUGGGUUCCAAAUGAUGUCUACUUGCACAGACUGUCAUGGUGAAGGUACUAAAGUAGAUCCAAAGGAUUACUGCUCGCACUGCCAUGGAGAUGGUGUCACAUACAAUAGAAAUAAAACAAUCAAAGUGGAUUUCCCAUCUGGUUUGCAGGAUGGUGACGUCAUUAGAAUCCCUGGGAAGGGGUCCUAUCCAGAGAUUGCUUUAGACAAAGCAUUGAAUCCAAAUGUAGAUAUGUUAAGAGGUGAUAUCUUGAUCAAUAUCAAAGUGAAUCGUGAUCCAAAGUUCACUGUCAAAAAUAAAUACGAUAUCUGGUAUCAAAUGGAUAUUCCAAUCACUACUGCUGCAUUAGGUGGCACUAUCACCGUUCCUACUGUAGAUGGCAGCAAUAUUAGAUUGAAAGUAGCUCCAGGGACACAAGAUGGUGAUGUUAUAACAAUACCUAAUAUGGGUGUCCCACGUAAUAAUAAUAAAUCAAUCCGUGGUAAUAUGAAGAUUCAGUAUAAGAUCCACAUUAAAAAGCCAACCUCACAAGUGGAAAAAUGUCUUUGGGAAGCCUUAGCUGAUGCAACCAAUGAUAUUACAGCUAAAAGAACAAUGAAGGACACUACUAAGCAAAAUACUGAUACUACUAAUAGUAAUAAUAAUAGUAAUACAACUAAUUUCAACUCUUCGUCGCCAGAUGAUACAAAUACUUUACGCAAAUUAGAAAAUUUUAUCACUACUGCUUUUAAAAAGAUUAAAGGUGAUGACAAUAAAUAA